AUGGCUGCAUCCUGGCUCCUGCCGGCUUGGCCCGUAUGUCUUUGGGCGGUUCUGGCACAAGCCCUGACAGAUCCAGAUGACACUUGCCUGUCUUCCAUCAAGGUCAUCGACAACUUCUUGUCGGACGCUGAAGCACAGGCUGUGAUGGCAGACCUUGAGGCACAGAGGGCGCCGAGCGAGUCGGAGCGCGUGCGCCAGGAAGCCCCCAUGCUCGCGCAGCGCCUGAAGUCGGAGCUCCGGUCUAAGGAGCAGGAGGCCCAGCUCGACAGCGCAGUCGAAGUCCUGGAGCCCGUGGGGGUGAAGCUCAUAGUCGAGGUGCUGGGCCAUCCGAAGCUGGAAAAGCGCCUUCGGGCCACGAUCACGGGCAAGGAGGUCGCACAGCUUGUGGCCUCAAAGUCUUCCGUCCCGGUGUCCCGCAAGCGUGGGGAUGUUCAUGAACAUGCAGAUCACAUGGGUGGCCGCUGGGUGAGCGAGAAGGUUCCAGGUACGGCUGCAGUUGCCUACCUGGAGCCCGCCCCGGAUGGUGGCAGCCUGGGCAAGCUCAUCUUCAAGGAAAUCGGCAACCAGAAGAUUGUCAAGGAGGUGGAGGCGAUUGCGAAGCGCUUUAUCUCCUGGGACAACAGCAAGUGCUUGCACAGCUUCAAAGCCCGUUACGAUGGCCCACGACGUUUACUAGGUCCGCUUGCAUUGACAUCGUACGGAGAAAUGGUGAAGGUAGGAGCCUUCACAAGCACCACGACCGAGACUUCAACCACCACCGAGGCUUCAGCCACAACCGAGAUUUCAACCACGACCAAGGCAUACUACAGGACCCGCAGAGUGCACCCAAAACGUUGGAAGUGGCGCCGGGCAUUGAAAAAGUGGGCAGCCAAGCGCAAACUGAGGCACAACUCGCUAUCACCAGGGCCGCUUACUCCGCAAGAUGUGGAAGAUCUGCGCUCGGACCCUGUUCACUUCAUGCAAGUGAGCAGCAAUGGCAGCCACAAAGAGCUGUGA